AUGCAUGCAGUCACUGCUCUAGCAUUGUCUGUCGCUGGGCUAUACGUCGUCCAGCGCUUGCUUGAUUAUCGCCGGGCGGUCGCCGCUAUCGGCAACUUCCCCGGAUACCGCCAGUUCAUUAGUCCAGCUAGCCUCAUCGCCAAUGUCUAUCGUAGGUAUAGAGGCGGGAUGGGGGAGGCCAUUCGCAAAGGUCAUGACCCAUUCCAGGAGAAGGGAUGGGAUGCGCUCACGAGGGUCACCCUCUUCCCCUCAACUGAGACAUUCGUCGAGUUUGCCGACGCCAACGCUAUCAAGGAGAUAACGACGAGCCGCGCACGCUUUCCCAAGCCUGUUCACCAGUACAAGGUUCUGCAAGUAUUCGGUGGGAAUAUCGUUGCCUCAGAGGACGAUGAAUGGAAGCGUUAUCGUAAGAUCUCCGCGCCGGCUUUCUCGGAGAAGAACAACAAGCUCGUGUGGGAUGAGACGAUACUGAUCAUGCUGGACAUGUUUGAGAAUGUAUGGAAACAUGCGCCAGAGUAUACUGUUGAUCAUUGCAUCGACGUGACACUUCCGAUUGCUCUCUUUGUCAUCGGCGUCGCAGGUUUUGGUCGGCGAGUUUCGUGGACGGACGACAUGCAGAUACCGCCCGGGCACACGAUGACCUUCAAGGAGUCGCUACACAUCAUGAGCACAGAUAUUCUCUUCCGCGUUGUUUUUCCUCGCUGGGCAACGCGCUUCAGCAAGAGGCUCGAGCGAGUCUAUCACGGCUACGACGAACUCGAUAAAUACAUGUUCGAAAUGAUUGAGAGUCGUCGUCAGGCCGAGAAGAAGGAAGAGCGCUCGGACCUGUUCAGCAGCCUCAUGGACGCCGCGGCGGAAGACUCUCUCGACUCGGCGCGCAAGAUCACGGAUCGCGAACUCGUUGGCAAUACCUUCAUCUUCCUGCUUGCUGGGCACGAGACGACCGCACAUACCUUAUGCUUUUGCUUUGCAUACCUCGCGCUUUAUCCAGAAGAGCAGGAGAAGUUGUUUUCACAGAUCAAGACUCUGAUGCCAGACCCGAAGAACCCUCCUGCGUACGAGGAAAUGGGCAACUUUACUUACUCUAUGGCCGUCUUCUACGAGACCUUGCGGCUCCAACCUCCUGUUACUGGUAUCCCGAAGCUGAGCGCGGAAGAUACCUCGGUGACCGUGACCAGCGUGACCGGUGAGCGCGGACAGCUGCCACUACCAAAGGGUACCCGUAUAGUCAUCAACACUCCCGCCCUUCAUCGCAAUCCGCGCUACUGGUCCGACCCUCUCGCCUUCAAACCGGAACGUUUCCUCGACCCCAACUGGCCCCGCGACGCCUUUGUCCCCUUCUCCGCAGGACCUCGUGCAUGUAUCGGACGGCGCUUCUUCGAGACGGAGGGGAUCGCCAUUCUCACGAUGCUCAUAUCGCAGUAUAAGGUCGAGAUCAAGGAUGAACCGCAGUUCGCUGGGGAGAGCUUUGAGGAGAGGAAGGCGAGGGUGCUUGCGAGCACACCUGGUCUGACUACGACACCGGUACGCGUACCGUUGACAUUCAAGAGGCGGUAUUAG